GGUAAGUAACUAGUUUUAAUCUUAGCUGAAUUUAUUGGCUGAUAAAUUCUCUCAUUUGAGGGGCUGUGAAAAACUUCAUUCUUCAAAAAUUCUUCAAUUCAAAAAUUAUGUCUCGAGAUAAUUUCGACUCUGCUCUGUACGGUUCAGAGAUAUCAGAGGAAUUGCACUUCCUCUAUGUGUCAGAAGAGGCAGAAAUACCUGAGCCUUUGGGGGUUCUAACAAGAGUUCAUGAGUUGGAAAUGAGCUGCAGAACCUAUCAGGAGCAGAACUGUAAGCUCAAAUCAGAGGUGAGUGCGCUUGAGUCAGAGUUAAAAGAUGUGAGGGCCAAGGAGACCCACUGUACAAAACAAGUGCUUGCUUCCCAGGAAGAGCUCAAUAAACUGCAUGGCCAUUGGAAGGAGCUUAACUCCCAGUUAGAGGUGAUGGUACUGAAAGUAAGUGAUCUGACAGCUGAGAAAAAAAGGCUGCAGGAGUGGGUCAGUGAAAACGCACAAAUUAAGGAAGAUCUGGACCGAGUGUCAAACUCUCUGAUAAACGAGAAACGUGUCAGGGAGAAAAAUGACAUGAGAAAACUGGAAGAGCUGGCCCGGAUCGAAUCUCUGAGAGAGGAACAAAGGAUUGAAAUUGAAAAUUUAAAGGUAGCAGUAGAUUAUCUACGAGAAAAUGAGAAGACCCUUAGGGACAACCUCACUGCUGAACAGGACCAACUAAAAUCUCUGAGAGAGAAAAAACAUGCAGAGGUUGAACAGCUGGGAGCAGAAUUGCAGAGUUAUCAGGAAAAGGAGAGGAUUCUGAAUGAGCAGAACAAGAAUCUCACUGCUGAUGUGGCCCAACUUGAAUGCCUGAAUAAGACAAACCGAGCAGAGAUUGAACAGCUGAGGGCAACGGUGUAUGACCUUGAGCAUCAAGUAGAGGAGGCUCAGCAAGACCACAGCUAUAAACAUGAGCUAAUUCAGAAGGUGGCCCAACUUGAACACGUGAGAAAGAAUAUGCAGACACAGAAGAAAAACCUGUUGGCAGAACUGCAGGAUCUGGAGGAAAGGGGGAAGUCUCUGAACAAGCAGAAAACGACCAGCAGUGCCAUACUGGUCAUGCUUAAAUCUUACAUAGAGAAAAAACUGGCAGAGAAUGAAAAUCUGUGGGCAGAAGUUCAUUAUCUGCAGGAACAUGGGAACAACAUAAAUGAGAACAACAAGAGCCUGACUGACGAAGUGGCCCAUCUUGAAUCUCUGAGAGAGAGUAAACGAGAAGAGAUUGAAAGUCUGAGGACAGCAGUGUGCGACCUUCAGUGUCAAGUAAGAGAAGCUCAGGAAGUCAUCAGGGAUAAAGAUGAGGUAAUACAGAAGCUGACCCAUCCUGAAUAUCUGAUGGAGAAAAAACAGGCAGAGAUUAAAAAGCUGAGGACAGCACUGCAUUAUGUUCAGGAAAAGGAAGACUUUCUGAAUAAACAGAAUAGGAGCAUCACCGAUGAGCUGGCCCAGAUCGAAUCUCUGAGAGAGGAACAAAGGAUUGAAAUUGAAAAUUUAAAGGCAGCAGUAGAUUAUCUACGAGAAAAUGAGAAGACCCUUAGGGACAACCUCACUGCUGAACAGGACCAACUAAAAUCUCUGAGAGAGAAAAAACAUGCAGAGGUUGAACAGCUGGGAGCAGAAUUGCAGAGUUAUCAGGAAAAGGAGAGGAUUCUGAAUGAGCAGAACAAGAAUCUCACUGCUGAUGUGGCCCAACUUGAAUGCCUGAAUAAGACAAACCGAGCAGAGAUUGAACAGCUGAGGGCAACGGUGUAUGACCUUGAGCAUCAAGUAGAAGAGGCUCAGCAAGACCACAGCUAUAAACAUGAGCUAAUUCAGAAGGUGGCCCAACUUGAACACGUGAGAAAGAAUAUGCAGACACAGAAGAAAAACCUGUUGGCAGAACUGCAGGAUCUGGAGGAAAGGGGGAAGUCUCUGAACAAGCAGAAUACGACCAGCAGUGCCAUACUGGUCAUGCUUAAAUCUUACAUAGAGAAAAAACUGGCAGAGAAUGAAAAUCUGUGGGCAGAAGUUCACGAUCUGCAGGAACAUGGGAACAACAUAAAGGAGAACAACAAGAGCCUGACUGACGAAGUGGCCCAUCUUGAAUCUCUGAGAGAGAGAAAACAAGAAGAGAUUGAAAGUCUGAGGACAGCAGUGUGCGACCUUCAGUGUCAAGUAAGAGAAGCUCAGGAAGUCAUCAGGGAUAAAGAUGAGGUAAUACAGAAGCUGACCCAUCCUGAAUAUCUGACGGAGAAAAAACAGGCAGAGAUUGAAAAGCUGAGGACAGCACUGCAUGAUGUUCAGGAAAAGGAAGACUUUCUGAAUAAACAGAAUAGGAGUAUCACAGAUGAGCUGGCCCGGAUCGAAUCUCUGAGAGAGGAACAAAGGAUUGAAAUUGAAAAUUUAAAGGCAGCAGUAGAUUAUCUACGAGAAAAUGAGAAGACCCUUAGGGACAACCUCACUGCUGAACAGGACCAGCUAAAAUCUCUGAGAGAGGAACAAAGGACUGAAAUUAACUUUUUAAAGGUAGCAAUAGAUUAUCUACUGGAAAAUGAGAAGACCCUUAGGGACAACCUCACUGCUGAACAGGACCAACUAAAAUCUCUGAGAGAGAAAAAACAUGCAGAGGUUGAACAGCUGGGAGCAGAAUUGCAGAGUUAUCAGGAAAAGGAGAGGAUUCUGAAUGAGCAGAACAAGAAUCUCACUGCUGAUGUGGCCCAACUUGAAUGCCUGAAUAAGACAAACCGAGCAGAGAUUGAACAGCUGAGGGCAACGGUGUAUGACCUUGAGCAUCAAGUAGAGGAGGCUCAGCAAGACCACAGCUAUAAACAUGAGCUAAUUCAGAAGGUGGCCCAACUUGAACAUGUGAGAAAGACAAUGCAGACAGAGAAGAAAAACCUGUUGGCAGAACUGCAGGAUCUGGAGGAAAGGGAGAAGUCUCUGAACAAGCAGAAUACGACCAUCAGUGCCGAACUGGCCAUGCUUAAAUCUUACACAGAGAAAAAACUGGCAGAGAAUGAAAAUCUGUGGGCAGAAGUUCACGAUCUGCAGGAACAUGGGAACAACAUAAAGGAGAACAACAAGAGCCUGACUGAUGAAGUGGCCCAUCUUGAAUCUCUGAGAGAGAGAAAACAAGAAGAGAUUGAAAGUCUGAGGACAGCAGUGUGCGACCUUCAGUGUCAAGUAAGAGAAGCUCAGGAAGUCAUCAGGGAUAAAGAUGAGGUAAUACAGAAGCUGACCCAUCCUGAAUAUCUGAUGGAGAAAAAACAGGCAGAGAUUGAAAAGCUGAGGACAGCACUGCAUGAUGUUCAGGAAAAGGAAGACUUUCUGAAUAAACAGAAUAGGAGCAUCACAGAUGAGCUGGCCCGACUUGAGUCUCUGACAGAGACACAAAACGAGGAGAACAAAAACCUGAAGACAGCUGUGAAAGAUCUUCAGUACCAACUGGAGGAGGCUAAGCAAGUGAUCUGGGAUAAAGAUGAGCUGAUAACAAAGCAAAACAUGGAUCUUGCUUAUAAGCAGGAAGUAAUAGAGGAGAGUUACAUCCUAAUCACCGAUAUGAAACAAUCAGUCUAUGAUCUUAAAGAUCAGCUAGAGACGAACCAGGAGGAGGAAAUACUAGUUUGUGUUAGGAAUUUAAGAGAGGGAUCUAGGAAGGCUGAAAAUACAGAACGACCGGACUCACCUGAGGAGCAGAGAGACGACAGCCUCCUGGAGACUACACCUGAGGAGCUGAGAGACGACAGCCUCCCGGAGACUACACCUGAGGAGCUGAGAGACGACAGCCUCCUGGAGACUACACCUGAGGAGCUGAGAGACGACAGCCUCCUGGAGACUACACCUGAGGAGCAGAGAGGCGACAGCCUCCCGGAGACUCCACCUGAGGAGCGGAAUGACAACAUCCUCCUGGAGACUACACCUGAGGAGCAGAGAGACGACAGUCUCCUGGAGACUACACCUGAGGAGCAGAGAGACGACAGCCUCCUGGAGACUACACCUGAGGAGCAGAGAGACGACAGCCUCCUAGAGACUACACCUGAGGAGCUGAGAGACGACAGCCUCCUGGAGACUACACCUGAGGAGCUGAGAGACGACAGCCUCUUGGAGACUACACCUGAGGAGCAGAGCGAUGGCAUCCUCCCGGGGACUAAACCUGAGGAGCGGAGCGACGACAGCCUCCCGGAGACUACACCUGAGGAGCAGAGAGGCGACAGCCUCCCGGAGACUCCACCUGAGGAGCGGAAUGACAACAUCCUCCUGGAGACUACACCUGAGGAGCAGAGAGACGACAGUCUCCUGGAGACUACACCUGAGGAGCUGAGAGAUGACAGCCUCCUGGAUACUAAACCUGAGGAUCAGAGAGACGACAGCCUCCUAGAGACUACACCUGAGGAGCAGAGAGACGACAGUCUCCUGGAUACUAAACCUGAGGAUCAGAGAGACGACAGCCUCCUAGAGACUACACCUGAGGAGCAGAGAGACGACAGCCUCCUGGAGACUACACCUGAGGAGCUGAGAGACGACAGCCUCUUGGAGACUACACCUGAGGAGAAGAGCGAUGACAGCCUCCUGGAGACUACACCUGAGGAGCUGAGAGACGACAGCCUCUUGGAGACUACACCUGAGGAGCAGAGCGAUGGCAUCCUCCCGGGGACUAAACCUGAGGAGCGGAGCGACGACAGCCUCCCGGAGACUACACCUGAGGAGCAGAGAGGCGACAGCCUCCCGGAGACUCCACCUGAGGAGCGGAAUGACAACAUCCUCCUGGAGACUACACCUGAGGAGCUGAGAGACGACAGCCUCCUGGAUACUAAACCUGAGGAUCAGAGACUACACCUGAGGAAGCAGAGAGACGACAGCCUCCUGGAGACUACACCUGAGGAGCUGAGAGACGACAGCCUCUUGGAGACUACACCUGAGGAGAAGAGCGAUGACAGUCUCCUGGAGACUACACCUGAGGAGCUGAGAGACGACAGCCUCCUGGAGACUACACCUGAGGAGCGGAACGAUGGCAUCCUCCCGGGGACUAAACCUGAGGAGCGGAGCGACGACAGCCUCCCAGAGACUACACCUGAGGAUCAGAGAGACGACAGCCUCCCGGAGACUACACCUGAGGAGCAGAGCGAUGACAGUCUCCUGGAGACUACACCUGAGGAUCAGAGCGACGACAGCCUCCCUGAGACUACACCUGAGGAGCGGAUCGACGACAGCCUCCUGGAGACUCCACCUGAGGAGCGGAAUGACAACAUCCGUCUGGAGACUACACCUGAGGAGUUGAGCGACGACAGCCUCCCGGAGACUACACCUGAGGAGCGGAGCAACGACAGCCUCCCGGAGACCAAAAGUAUGUGGCGUUGCUGUGUUAAAGGCCUACUGAAAGUAGGUUUGCAUGUUGGCAUCGCCACUGUAGGUGUAGGCCUACUUAUUUCUGUGGGUAUCCUGGCCAACUCACUGACUGCCAACUGCAAUACAAACACUAACUGCUGCAUGUGGGACUGUGUCUACCACCUGAUGGAGCCCUACAGCGACUUCCGAUGCACAGUUCCUCAUCCUUUCUAA